AUGACGAUUCAGGCAUUUCUCUUAUCGCUCCACAGGCUAUCGCUCCACAUACUCGCGAUCCAUGCUUCGAAUACAGCUAGGGUUCCAAUCGAGAUUCUUGCGGGCAUUGGUGGUGGUGGUGAUGAUGAAUCUGACAAGUCUAAGUCUGAGGUUAAUGAUGAGGAAGGCAAUGAGGAGGUGGAGGCGAUGCUUGAUAAGACCAUUUCUGCAUUAUCUGGCGUGUUCAUUGGGGCUCUGGGAUCGACCUUCACAGAGGACAUUCUUUGGUUACGCAGAGGGUGGGGAACAACAUCAAGAUGUGAUGAGUAUCUGUGUGAGGGUGAGGUGCCAAAAUUAAUUGCAGGAGAUGAAUGAAUGCAUGUGUAUGUAGGGUAUGUAUAGAGGUUAAAUUAGUAAUUGUAACAUAUGAUAUAAAUAAUAGCAUUAAAAUUAGAACAAUUUUUUGAUUCAGAUGAAGAGCUUGGGUGAGUGUUUUUCAUUAUGCUUCUGGAUUACAUACCUCAUCUUAUGGUAAGAUAGCAACAAA